AAUCCUCAUUAUUUUGUAAUGUUUGUAAUUCAACUGAAUGCGGUUUUUUUUGUUUUAGCUUUUAAUACAAAAUAUUAAUUAUAAUUGAAUUUUAUUUGGUUCUCUCUGUAUUUUGCAUUUGAUUUGUUUGUAGCUAGUCACUUAUUUUUAACGUAGAAACAAUGUCUCAAAUUGAAACGUCUGCCGAAAGUAAUGCCGAUACUAAAAUCGAUCCUAUGGAAGUAAUAAUGGAUAAUAAUGUAGUUGAUGAUGUUGCUGAAACGUCUUCUGCAUUAGCUGUAUCAAAUGGGUUAAAAAAUAGAUCAGUAAAUGUAAGUGAUAUGACUUCAAUGGACUACUAUUUUGAUUCAUAUGCUCAUUUUGGCAUACACGAAGAGAUGCUUAAGGAUGAAGUACGAACUCUCACAUAUAGAAAUUCUAUGUAUUACAAUAAACAUUUACUUAAGGGUAAAAUUGUAUUAGAUAUUGGUUGCGGUACAGGAAUUUUAUCUAUGUUUGCUGCUAAAGCUGGUGCAGCCAAAGUAAUAGGUGUAGAGUGUUCCAACAUUGUAGAAUAUGCUAAACAAAUUGUAGCGGAUAACCAUUUAGAUCAUAUUGUCACAAUAAUCAAAGGAAAAGUUGAAGAAAUAGAUUUACCUGAUGGUAUUACUAAGGUAGAUAUUAUUAUAUCAGAAUGGAUGGGAUAUUGUUUAUUUUAUGAGUCUAUGUUGGAUACUGUACUUUAUGCAAGAGACAAAUGGUUAAAAGAAGAUGGAAUGCUGUUUCCUGAUCGUGCAAAUUUAUUCAUAACUGGUAUUGAAGAUAGACAAUACAAAGAUGACAAAAUUAACUGGUGGGAAAAUGUGUAUGGAUUUAAUAUGAGUGCCAUACGUAAUGUAGCUAUAAGUGAACCAUUAGUAGACUGCGUAGAACCUAAGCAGGUUGUUACAAAUUCAAGUUUAUUAAAAGAAGUAGAUUUGUAUACAGUAAAAAAGGAAGACUUAACGUUUACUGCUCCGUUUAAUCUCCAAGUCCGCCGCCAAGAUUAUGUGCAUGCAUUGGUUACUUAUUUUACUGUAGAGUUCACCAAGUGUCAUAAACGUAUCGGCUUUUCGACAGCUCCAGAAUCACCGUAUACACAUUGGAAACAAACAGUAUUCUACCUGGAUAACUAUUUAACUGUGAAAAGAAAUGAUGAGGUGUAUGGCACUUUUUCAAUGUCUCCUAAUGAACGUAAUACCCGAGAUAUGGACUUUGUUAUUGACAUCGAAUUUAAAAAUGAUGUUAACGAUGUGACCGAAUCUAAUAAAUACCGUAUGCGCUAAUAGCAA